CGCAAGCAGGCAAGCUGGUUUGUUGCCGGAGCGCCGCAAGCGCCGUCUCCGGUGGAAAACGGCACCAGCGCAGGUAGCGAGCAGUCGCCGACUCGCCGCCGUGGUUGCCUUGGGGUGGAGUGUGUUGUGUGCGUUCGGCUCCGGAUGGGGUCACGGUGCUGCUGUUGUUGUGGUGCUUCCCGUGUCUUGGUGGUGUGCUCAUUCGGAUGACCAACGCUGGGCCAACGUGCCGACGCCGGUUGUGAUAUGUGCGCGCUCGAUUUGUGGCUAGGAGGACUGCGAAGACGACCCAUUGGAUACCUGCGCGCGACGACAUGUUCCGCUUUCUGAGCAAGCGCUGGAGUAGGCAAGCCAGGGCCGACAAGGCGGGCGCACCGUCUCCGAAGAAUGUCUUGCCCUGCAAAGUGGUCUUACUGGACGGCACUGACCUUAGCGUCGACGUCCCGAAAAAGGCCCUUGGAUCAGUGCUUUUAGAACAAGUGUUUUAUCAUAUUGACUUGAUCGAGAAAGAUUACUUCGGGUUACAAUUCACGGAUCCGUUCCACGUCCAGCACUGGCUUGAUGUCACGAAACAAGUUCGGAAGCAAGUCAAGAUUGGGCCUCCAUACACGUUGCAUUUGAAAGUGAAGUUCUACUCUUCAGAGCCAAACACUCUGCGUGAAGAGCUGACCAGGUAUUUAUUCUUCCUGCAACUGAAGCAGGACAUCCUCUCUGGGAGGCUGCCGUGCAGUUACCAGACGGCAGUCGAACUGAGCGCCUAUGCUCUGCAAUCUGAAUUGGGUGACUAUGACCCUGAGCAGCAUACUCCGGAGUUCGUCUCCGAGUUUAGGUUCACGGAAGACCAAACGGAAGAUAUGGAGCUGGACAUCAUCAAUGCAUUUAAGGAGCUGAAGGGUCAGACACCUGCUCAGGCUGAGAUGAACUACCUGAGCAAGGUUAAGUGGCUUGAAAUGUAUGGAGUUGACAUGCAUACUGUAAUGGGGAAAGAUGGCCAGGAAUACUCGCUAGGCCUCACUCCAACUGGCAUUCUAGUCUUUGAAAAGCAAACCAAGAUCGGCCUUUUCUUCUGGCCGAAAAUUACGCGGCUCGACUUUAAGAGUAAGAAGCUGACACUUGUGGUUGUGGAGGAUGACGACGAGGGUCGUGAGCAAGAACACACGUUUGUGUUCCGCCUCUACAACCCCAAGGCAGCAAAGCACCUGUGGAAAUGUGCUGUGGAACACCAUGCUUUCUUCCGGCUCAAGGAGACCAUGAGAGGACCAAACACUCGGCAGAAUUUCUUCCGCAUGGGCUCCCGUUUUCGAUACAGUGGACGUACAGAGUUCCAAGCCACGCAGAAAAACCGCACGAGGCGUACUGUUCAGUUUGAGCGGCGCCCCAGCCAGCGAUACUCGAGGCGCACCACUAGAGAUAGUCGUCAUCGCGCAUCUCUUCCAAACUGUGUAGCCCUCAAUGCUGCAGAUCCAGAGAACAGCGUGGAAUUGGCCCCAGUAGCACCACUGGAUGUAACAGUGGGACCACUGCUGAUAGAGAACAUCCCAGCAGAUGAUGUGCAAUCUUCUAGCCCUGUUUUAGCCACUGGGGAGGCAGAAAACAGGCUGGACACCCUCAUUCGUUCCCUUGCCAAGGAAACAAGCUCAGCAUCAGACACUAGAAAUGACUUGACUGUCUACAAGAAAGGCGACCUUCCUACAGAACCAGAACCAGAUGCCGAGGAGCUGAGUAGGAGGCUAAAGGCCUUGGACAGUAGCUGCAGUGCAAGCGGGACCAGCUGCAGUAGAAGCAAUAGCAACAGAAGCAACAGCAACAGCUCAGCAGGAAUGAGUGGUGGUAGUGGCAAGGACUGUUGUGCAGCUGGCACUGUCACCGUGGUUUCGUGCGGUGUCAAGAAUAACCAGGCCAAGGCUGGUACGAGCAGUGGCAUGCCCAAGCCUAUACCACCUGACCAGAUGAAGUGCAACAUUCUCAAGGCCAAGGCAGAAGAAGACAAGCGUAAAGUGCCAAGUCUAGGGGUUGUAGGCGAGAAAGUGCCGUUGCUUUUAUCGGACAAUGAAGAUGGAAAGCCACUUGUGGCAGAAAAGUACAAGACCGUCAUUCAUGUGAACGGUGAAUCCAGUGAGUUUGCUGGAGCCAAAGGAACUGCGAAUAGAGAAAAGACAAGACACUGUGAUACGAAGGAUCUCUUGGCCGAUAGUACUGCUGUCCUUAGCAAUGGACAUGCUGGUGACCUAGUGGCUGCACUGGAGACAUCAUUUGCCGGGGCGAACCCCGUCACUCGCUCCCUUUCCUCUGCCACGCAUCCGCGAGUCAGCAACGGUGGGGUUGCCGCACCUGUUGUGGUCAAGCGCACGUUGUCCAACUGCACAUCCAGCCAGCUCUCACCGUGGCACGUUGGCUCAACGGACGCUCCUGCCCCCAAACGGCAGGUCGAAAGGCGCACCGUUAUGACCACGGAGCUUUGACUGGAGGAGGGCUGUGUCCUCUUUGUACUGAUCUUUAGUGCCACGACCAGUCUUGGUCGGGCUAGUGUGAGAUGCACUGCCACUACAUUGCUGCACUGUGGGACCAGUGAAACUGUAUAAGCCUGUAGUAGUUGGCACCACAUGCUAGCUGCCAUGUACUUUUUUCUUAGUGAUUGCAUAACUGCCUGGUUUAUGUAUACUGUGGCAGUACAGGACAAGCAUAACUGCAUUUGUUGACUUGUCAGGCUGCAAUUUUUUGUGGCACAUAUGUGCCAGUCUGAUUUUUUUUUUUUUUUUUUUUUUGUAAACUAGCUUCUAUUUAGAAAAAAAGGCAGGUCUCUGCUAUGGCAUUGUACGUUCCUCAUAGUUUUGCAUAAUGUACCCAAUGGCUUUUGUAACAGUUUCAUAUCAAUAAAAUAUUCUCCAUAGUCGCUUUUGUGGGACAAUAGUCGCAGCUGCCAAUCAAGCCAACUAUAGUAAAGCUGUAAAAGUGCCUUUUGGCUUUACACCUUUGCGGGGCCAUCACCGUUGACUUGCCUACACAUGUGGUGGGUUGUUCUCAUGCAGCUUAUGUUAGCGCUUGCAGAUUUUCCGCUCGCCGGUUCAGCAAAGUUGACGCACCUUCUGCUUGAACAUCGGGCAGCAGUUGCAAUUUGUGCCUGUAUAUUUUGCAUCGCCUGCAAUCUUGACAUAAAAAUGGCGAGAUAAGGAGUUUUGGCUGAUUAUCGCCCUUGCAUGGACUAUCUCACAUGUACUUGUAUUUCCAGCGUGCCUGUGUCACCAGUCUUGCCUUAUUUCAUUUAGGAUGGGUCAUAAAAUAUAUGCAUUGUACCUAAAGAUGUAGUAGCUGCAAGCAAAUCAAUAGUUUCUUUUAUUCAAGUGUUUCAGAGAUACGUUUUUGAUGGCCAAUGGACUGUUAUGAUAGGGCUUGUAGCGCAGAACACUCUGUGUGAAGGUUCAAGCUCUUUUUUUCUUGAUUAACGUAGGGCAGCUAUUAAAGGGGAUUUAGAUGGGUGGUUAGUGAAGAGAAUGAUUUGCUUCAUUAUGCAUGGUUCUUCUAGAAUGUACAGUAGAGUUCAGUGUGAUCUGUAACAAGGUGUAACAUUCCUUCGUGGUUCCAUAGUUCGGCCGCAUUCCUUUUCUUCGAGUAGUUUUACAGUGUAAUGCCAUUGCACUUGCCAAUUUUUUACGCUCUUAUGAAUGUACACAUCUCUUUUAAAUGAGGAAAUUAUAUAUAUGCAGAUCAGGAUGGUGGUUGUGAUCAUUGUUUUGCUUUUAGCUUUUAUUUUCGCUGGCGUCUGUCUUGGUUUCAGGUGCCAGCAGAUUCUGUAACGACUUGCAUUUGUACAGUGCCACCUGUCUUACUUCUGUACUUCUUUUACACUGACUGUUAAUGUUUUUGGAAGGUUCUUUUAUAUAGAAGAUAUUUUAGCAAUAUUUGGUGUUGUGCAAGACUUGGAAAGAUGACUUUUGACGUUUACAAACUGUGUAUGAUGUGUAUGAAGGACUUUGCGAUGACUCUUGUGCUGUGGUUUCCUAGUUCUUUGCAAGCGGUCAAAGUGGCUAUUUUUUUGUGUUGUUGUUUAGCGACUCUCAUAUUUGGUGGAGUAGAAGAGAAAGCCUGUUGGAGGCUGUACAAUACUGCAAUAAGAUUCAAGACUCAAGCCACAUGUAAGGAAAUUUCUUUGGGCUUGAUUAAGUGAACUACUGUAGUCACUUUCAGAAAGUUGUGUUAAUGCCUAAGUGUAGCCACUUAACUGACAGCCAACAUUUUGUCAACAUAAUUGUUGCAAAUUCAUUAGAGUUAGGUUAUUGUGCUACGUCUGUGAAUGCUUUGAAGAAGGAAUGGAAAGUUUUGAAUUUACAUUGUAUUCGUUUUUUUAGGAUUUCUACAGAUUUCAAGGCACUGGGUUUCAAAAUUCUAUGACACCCCAUCAUUCUUACAGCUUUGCAUUAUCAGUCAUCAAAAAAUAGUAACAUGCGUGCACCAAGUAAAUGUGGUGGAGAGAGGUGAAUGCACAUUAAAGUUGGACUGCAGUUUGCUGUGCUUGAUGUUGCAAGAAAUAUUUUCUUGCCAUUUCAUUUUCCUAUUUUUUGAGCCCGACUGUAAGGGGCCAGUUGCAUUGAAAGAGGUGUGGGCAAUGCUGUGACAAACUUUGUCAGUGCAGUUGCAUCGCCAGUCUAACGUUCUCAUUCAGCCCAGCGUUCAUAGUUGUGCCAGCAAUGCCAAUUUGAUCGAAUGGCACAAGUAAGCGAGUGAGGAAACGGAGAUUGCGUUUGAAUAGCAGAGGGUGUAAAAUCUGACCUUAACACUCGUGUCAGGUUAGUGUGCCCCUAUCUGCGAGUUUAUAUAUUUUUUUUGCUCUUAUGCUUUGAAAUAACCCUUAAGGACUAAAAAGUAAAAAUAGAAGUGGCACCAUUGGGUGAUUGGUUGUUGUGUGAUGGUUCUGGUAACUGUUGCCCAGUUAAACGACUUAACGCUUCAGAUUGUAUGUUUGCUCGUUUCAGGUUAUGUAGUAACAGGUUGCAUCCAUUGAUUUUGCCAGUGGUGGGCCAGGACCAUGCUUAGAAAAUAAUGUCCAUGUUUGUAACUAAGGAUGGGUAGUUGCCAUUAUGUUUCAGUAAUGACAAAUAACUAUGUUUUUAAUAACUGGUAAUUUUCUCUACACACCUGGAUUUUGUUAAAGUGCAUAGCAUUGUAGUAACCAAGGGCAAUAAUUUUUGCUGUUGGAACUUAAGCACCUCUCAUACAGGAGUGUUUAUUCUUGUACCUGCAGCUUUUUUUUUCCUCAAUUAUUUUUAUUAUAACUGAAGACAUUUCAGAAUGAAGCUUGCGCACUGUGCAGGACGCACAUUCCAUCCACAUUCUGUGCCUCUUUCACAAUAAGUCUUUGUAGCACUUUUUUUUACUAUGUGACCUUGCACAAGAGAGGUUAUUUUCUCUGCAGGAAAGAGUGCCGUCCAAACUUGUUAAACGAUCUUGCCCCUGGAUAUAGGAGUGAAAACUAUUUUUAGCAGCUUUUUCAACAUCUUUUUUUUUUUUUUUUUUCAGUAAGAACUCAUUCCGUAAGUGCCAUUUUUGGGGGUUGCAUAUUCCUCAUUCCUUCACAAGGUUUACAAAAGCUGCUAGUGUCAUGCGUAUGUAUGCAUGUUUGUGAAAAUAAAAUGCAAUACAAAUU